AUGACGGACGCCAAGUAUGUCCUGUGCAGAUGGAAAGAGCGAUUAUGGCCUGCAAAGGUUUUGGCCAGAACCGAGAUGUCAACAACUAAGAAAAAAAAGGGAUUUUUUCUAAAUGUUCAAAUACUCUCCUUAGACAAAAAGGUGAGGGUGAAAAGCACAGAAGCCAAGAUUCUGAGGAAGUCCCACAUCGAGGACAUCGCUGCCUUAUUGGCCUCACAGAACAAGGUUUCAGCCAGACCUGUGGAGGAGUUGACCUACAGACGGUCGCUUAGAGUGGCUCUGGAUAUUUUGAAUGAGGAAACACGUUCUCAUCAAGAAAACUCUUCAAGGGAAGAAAGAACUGCUGUGUCUGCAGGAGAGAAGCACAUGGAACUGGCAUCCUCACUCUGUGAUCGCAACGCUUCAUCUCUUCUCCAUGAGGGGGUGCCGGGCAGUUCCGGACCUGAGCUGUCAGGCUCGUCCACUAGUGAAAAUGAGACCAAGUGCCAAGUGGACUACAAGAAGGGGAUUGGGGAAAGUGAAAGCCCACUUACUCGGGCGGUGUCAGCUGGAGGUGACUCUCGGGACCAGAGUAAAUCAAGAAUACACCUCGAAAAUGGGACGACCCUGAGUAAAAGCGGCAGGAAUUCGGCACAGGAACCCAGCAGGUGUCUGAAUGGCUCUUCACUUUCAGUGGGAGGUGAGAAGAGAGAGAGUGAGGAAGAGACGGACAGCCCUGCAGUCCUGAACUCACCUUCUGCAGCUAUGGAGCAGGGUCUGUGUGCCAAAGGUCGCCACUCAGUUUUGCCAUCAGGCAGCCCUACUGUGCACCCAGCCUACCCGGAUGUUCAAGGCCCACCUGACCAUCAGUCUUCUGAAGAGUCAAUGGAGUUUGAGCCUGUUAAUUCCAUCCUGGAGGAGGAAGAGGAGGAGGAGGAACCCCCAAGAAUCCUUUUAUAUCACGAACCAAGUUCGUUUGAAGUAGGAAUGCUGGUCUGGCUUAAAUACCAAAAGUACCCCUUCUGGCCCGCAGUGGUCAAGAAUGUCAAGCGGAGAGAAAAGAAAGCGAGUGUGCUUUUCAUUGAAGGACACAUGGACCCGAAAGGGCGAGGCAUCACAGUCCCUCUCAAGAGGCUGAAGCACUUCGACUGUAAAGAGAAGCAGGAGCUUCUGAAUGAGGCUAAGGAGGACUUCGACCAGGCUAUUGGCUGGUGCGUCUCCCUGAUCACUGACUACAGGGUCCGACUCGGCUGUGGUUCCUUCUCUGGCUCUUUCCUGGAAUAUUAUGCAGCCAAUAUAAGCUAUCCUGUCCGCAAGUCCAUCCAGCAGGAUGUCUUGGGGACUCGGUUCCCUCGGCUCUGCCAUGAGGAUCCUGAGAUGCCUAUGGCCGGGAGUCCAUGGGGCAAGAGGCAGCCCUGCAGGAAAGUCUUGCCUGAUCGAUCACGAGCUGCCCGGGACCGGGCCAACCAGAGGCUGGUGGAGUACAUCGUGAAGGCAAGGGGCGCUGAGGACCACCUGCGGGCCAUCUUGAAGAACAAGAAGCCAUCCAGGUGGCUGACGACGUUUCUGAACUCGGGACAGUAUGUGACGUGUGUAGAGACAUACCUGGAAGACGAGGAACAGCUGGACCUGGUGGUGAAGUACUUGCAAGAGGUCUACCAGGAGACAGGCAGCAGGAUGCUGACGCAGAUCAACGGUGACAGCAUCCGCUUCAUUCUGGACGUCCUUCUGCCUGAAGCCAUCAUCUGCGCGAUUUCUGCGGUGGAUGCGGUAGAUUACAAGACGGCUGAGGAGAAGUACAUCAAAGGACCUUUGCUGAGCUACCGGGAAAAAGAAAUAUUUGACAACCAGCUCUUAGAAGAAAUGAACCAGCGAUGCUGA